CAAUCACACAGCCCUUUUCUGUUCCAUGCAAAAGCCCGUUUGCGCUUGGAUUAUAACUAUGACUCUGGAAGAGAUCCGCGGACAAGAGAACACAAUGGAACACGCAGAUAGGGUGCAAAGUGCAGGCGCAGCCCUGGAAGAGCUGCUGGUCGCUGCUAAGAGGCAGGACUACCUGACAGUUGGAGUUUAUGAAUCUGCUAAAGUCAUGAAUGUGGAUCCCGACAGCGUGGCAUUUUGCGUCCUCGCCACCGACGAGGAAUACGAGUGCGACAUUGCUCUUCAGAUCCACUUCACCCUCAUCCAGGCUUUCUGCUUCGACAACGACAUCAACGUGGUGCGCGUCAACGACAUAGCGCGCCUGGCCGACCUGGUGGGUGCAGACGAGACUGGCGAGCCCAAGGACGCCCACUGCAUUCUUGUCACGAGUCCCAGUGCAAACCCGUGGAAAGAUCCCGCUCUGGACAAGCUGGGUCUGUUCUGUGAGGAGAGCCGCAGUGCUUACGACUGGGUGCCCAGCAUCACGCUCCCAGAGCGCUGAAGUGACAUUCCUCUAACAAUGCAUCACAUGUUGAUGACGAUGAAGAUGAUGAAAAGAAAGUCAAGGAGCUGAGCUUCAGCCAGAGGUGUGGAGCAUUUCUGCCUCACAUGUCUGGAUCAAGAGGCUGUGGCUGUAACCCCCUUGCAAGAGCACACCCUACCAGUGCAUUCUGGGUCAGCACGUUGUUUCUGGAUUACCCUAAGGGAAGGGUUCAAGUUCAGAGAUCAAGUGUGGACAGGGUGCGGCGUAUGUGGAGUGGUCAGAAAGCCUGAUGGACAGUCAGAAGGAUUUAUACUGUACUGCUUAGUGCAUGAAAAGAUGAUUGAGCCAGUUGCUGCCUUUGACAAAAGGCAAUGGGGAACUGAGCAGAGAAGGUCACAGAGAUAUAGACUGUGCAACAAAUGGACAUGUGAAAGUGCAGAGGCUGGAGUGAACCUCAUCAGAGGCGAACAAGGAAGUUGUUGUUCUGGAAGAGGCUAUCUGAAAAUGUCUAAAUGGACUUAACUUUUCUUUACCAGUGCAGCUAUCGGGAAUGUCUUGGAAUAAGACUUUGCUUGCAUAUCCUGAUUUGAACUGUACCUGUGGCACAGUUUCAUGGACUAUUAUUACUUACUUUCAAAUAUGCAGACGAAACAAUGCAAUAUCCAUUUAAAUUGUACUCACUUUUAAUGUUUUGUGAAUAAACAUUUGAUAUCAAACCCA